AAAGAGGCAUUCAUAUGGAAACAGUUGGAUCACCCGCAUGUGCUACCUUUCCGAGGGCUGAACGGGUUGGCCUUGCGCGAUGAGGGGCUAGCGAAGCUAUGCAUGGUGUCCCCUUGGAUGGAGAACGGCAACCUGAAGUCGUUCAUCGGAACACACAAGAACCCAGACACGAAGCUGAGACUGGCUCUGGAAAUUGCUGAGGGGGUUGAGUACCUGCAUUCUCGCAAUGUUGUUCAUGGUGACUUGCGCGGCUGCAACGUAUUGAUUGACGCCGACGGUCAUGCCAAGAUCACGGACUUCGGGCUGUCGAUCAUGAUCUCCAACUCAGUCCAGACCAAAGCGAGUGUCGCUGGUGCCCAGCGAUGGAUGGCUCCCGAACUACUGGCUCAAGAGGAUCCUCAAUUCUCGAAGGCUAGCGAUGCGUGGUCAUUCGCGUGUGUAUGUAUAGAGCUCUAUAAUAUUACUUAUCCGUAUAACAAAAUUCACCGCGACGCCGGUGUUAUUGCCGCGCAUGGACGCCGACAACCGCCGGCCGAUUCCCUCGACGGGGCCCCGAAUCAGGUCCAACAGGUCGUGCAACAAUGUUGGGGAUUUUCUCCGACAGAACGUCCAUCCAUGGAGGACGUCAUCACAGCGCUGCAUGCGGCUUCUUGA